UCGAAAAUCCAGCUCGUCCUGAACGUCGAUACCUACAAGACGGUUUUAGUUGCUAUUCCACGCACGGAACAGCGUUUGGACCUGUUCGGUGAAACUAUUUGGACCCGUGGCGGUUGUUUGGACCACUUCGGAGCGGACUACCACCGUAGGAAGCCGCGCUGCUUCCCCCGCUGGUGCGGACGGAUCCCUGGUUUGUGGCCGGGCAGCUUCGCCGGACUAGUCACCGAGAGCGCGGAGUACGACGACAACAAACGGUUUUAACCCGCUGUUUCGACGCCAGGAAGGGAGGGAGUGCAAGUGUCGACGACGUUUUUGACGUUUCCCACCACCCGGGAUGUUACGGACCUAGCGGAGGAGAAGUUUGAUCAGGGAGCGGAGCGCGCUUGGUUUCCAGUCCGAUGGAUGUUAGCCCUGGCCGGCUGUGGCUCGGCUCUGCGCGCCGCUCUUCUCUAAAGAACUCCUCGGGCACGAGAAGCGAGCUGCUCACUAUAAUGCUGCAGACCUUAAAGAACGUGCACGACGGUGCCGUCAAGUCGCGCUUUUUUAUUUCUCUGUAAACCUGGAAAUAUCCCUCUUCAUCCCCUCCUUUUUUUUUUUUUUGUGACUGCAUUACCCAGGAUAUUUUGGAUUAAGACUUUUUUUUUUUUCUUUUUUUUUUAAUGCCUCUUUUCCAGAGACUGUGCUCCUCCUUGGAGCUGCAAGAGAUUUAGUUGAUUUUUUAAAAAUUUUUUGGUUGGGUGGUUUCUUUUUUUAAUUUUAAAUUUUUUUUAAUACAAGUCUUUCUAGCUGCGAGGAUCAGAUUCGGAUGGAAAAUGGGAGACGCUACAAAACUGGCCUUCGCCGUUUUCCUCAUCUCCUGCUCUUCAGGGGCCAUCCUGGGACGUUCUGAGACGCAGGAAUGCGUCUUCUACAACUCCAGCUGGGAGAAGGACUGGAGUAACCGCAGCAAUGUCGAACACUGCUAUGACGAGAAGAACAAGCGGCGGCACUGCUUCGCCUCGUGGAAGAACUUAUCGGGCACUAUUGAGAUCGUCAGGCAGGGCUGCUGGCUGGAUGACGUCAACUGCUACGACAGCAACGAGUGUGUGGAGAGGAAAGAGAGUCCCAACGUUUUCUUCUGCUGCUGUGAAGGCAACAAGUGCAACGAGAGGUUCAUGUACGCCCCGCUGAGCGACCCACAGAGCGACACUCAGAGCGAUACUCAGAGCGACCCGCGCCAUUCAACCGCCUACAGAUCCCGGACCCUCGCCCCCGUCCCCUAUUUUGGGCCACAAGCCACUGCAGCUCAUCGAGUUGAAAGCCAGGGGGCGUUUCGGCUGCGUGUGGAAAGCCCAGUUGCUGAACGAAUAUGUGGCUGUGAAGAUAUUCCCCAUCCAGGACAAGCUGUCCUGGCAGAACGAGUACGAGAUCUACAGCUCGAGCGGCAUGAAGCACGACAACGUCCUCCAGUUUAUCGGCGUCGAGAAGAGGAGCAACAACCUGGACCUGGAGCUGUGGCUCAUCACCGCCUAUCACGACAAGGGCUCCCUCACCGACUACCUAAAGGCCAACGUCGUUUCCUGGAACGAGCUGUGCCACAUCGCACAGACGGCGGCCCGCGGCCUGGCCUACCUGCACGAAGACAUCCCGGGACACAAAGACGGCCACAAGCCGUCCAUCGCUCACAGGGAUAUCAAGACUAAGAACGUGCUGCUGAAGAACAACCUGUCGGCCUGCGUUGCUGACUUUGGGCUUGCACUGAAGUUUGAGGCUGGUAAAUCAGCGGGGGACACGCACGGACAGGUGGGAACACGACGCUACAUGGCUCCAGAAGUCCUGGAGGGCGCCAUCAACUUCCAGCGCGACUCCUUCCUGCGCAUCGACAUGUACGCCUUUGGCCUUGUCCUGUGGGAGCUUGCGUCACGGUGCACCGCCGCUGACGGCCCUGUAGACGAGUACAUGCUCCCCUUCGAGGAGGAGGUGGGUCAGCACCCGUCUCUGGAGGACAUGCAGGAAGUGGUCGUCCAUAAGAAGCUGCGGCCCUGCCUCCGAGACUGCUGGCAGAAACACACGGGUCUGGCCAUGCUCUGCGAAACCAUUGAGGACUGCUGGGACCACGAGGCCGAGGCCCGCCUGUCUGCCGGCUGCGUCGAGGAGCGCAUCGGCCAAAUGCAGCGCCAGGCCCCCAUCAUCGGCCCCGAGGAGAUCGUCACUGUGGUCACCAUGGUGACAAAUGUGGACCUCCCGCCCAAAGAGUCCAGCUUAUGAUCAGCCAACCAACCAACCGACGACCGGGACGAGCUACUGGAAACCAACACGAGAGGAUUAGACGGCCGGCCCUGGCUGGUUGGCGUUUUUUUUUUUUUUUUACGUUUUCCUUUUUACGCUCAUCUCUUCUUCUUGGUUCCUUUUUAAGUGCGGGCCGCUACUUCAGGAAACAGCCGGCACCCAUCUCACCCACAUCCGUCGGGAUCCGCCUCAUUUUUGAUACGCGUGCCUGAGGAUUUUAACUUCUUCCUUUUUUCUUCUCCUCUCCGAAGAGGACGAUUCUGGACACACUCGACAAACUGUUCGGUCAUGUAUCGUUUUUUUUUUUUUAUAUAAAUACUCGUUGGAUUUCAUUCGGAGGAUCUAGCGGAGCGAUUUCAUCGUUCGUUUUAGUGUUAA